AUGAGGUUCGACGCUUGCUUCGUGAAGAAUGCUGAAAAGGCUGUUUCAAUCAUCGCAGUGAAGGGACAAUCAUUCUCAACCUGGAUCAAAGAGCAGGAUGAGAAUACGAAGAAGUGGGUCAGCACUAUGCAGUUUACUGCGAGCGAGGCCGACGUUGGCAAGCAUAUCGUGAUCCCGAAUCCCGACCUCUCCAUUGAGAAGGUGAUUGUGAUAGUGGGCGAUGAUGGCUUCGGAGAAUGGCUCUCCUUCGCCGGGCUCCCCUCCGCCCUGCCCAGGGGGUCAGGACCUUACAAGAUCGUCUCCUCCGCCGGGGUUGAGGACGAUAAGAUCGCUCUGGCAUGGGCGCUGGGAUGUUACAAGUUCGACGUGUACAAGUCGAAGAAGAGGAAGGAGAGCGAGGGAGAGGAGAAGCUUGGCUUCGAGAAGCUGGUGUGGCCCUCAGGAUGCAACGAGGACUACGUCCUGACGGCAGCCAGCGCCAUCUUCCUGACCCGAGAUCUCAUCAGCACUCCUGCUGAGGACAUGGCACCCGGCGACCUCGAGAGUGCGGCGAGGAAGCUCGCGUCCAUGUACGGCGGGAAGGUCACGGCGGUGGUAGGAGACGACCUGCUGCGACAGAACUACCCGCAGAUCCAUGCCGUGGGACGGGCGACGCCCCCAGGGAAGCACGCGCCAAGACUGAUCGACCUGCGGUGGGGGAAGGAGAGUGACCCCAAGGUGACGCUGGUGGGGAAAGGCAUCACGUUCGACACGGGAGGGCUGGACAUCAAGCCGGCGUCGGGGAUGCGGCAGAUGAAGAAGGACAUGGGAGGUUCGGCGCUUGUCCUUGGCCUCGCCCACAUGAUCAUGCGGCUCAAACUGAACGUGAGGCUCCGAGUCCUGAUCGCUGCUGCUGAAAACAACGUGGAUGCCGUCUCCUUCCGCCCUGGUGACAUCCUGGUGGCCAGGAACGGCAUGACGACUGAGAUCGGCAAUACCGACGCGGAGGGCCGGCUGGUGAUGGCUGAUGCGCUCGUCGCUGCGUGUGAGGAGAAGCCUGAGCUGCUCAUCGACGCCGCUACCCUGACGGGAGCAGGACGUGUGGCCCUGGGAACAGACGUCCCAGCUGUGUUCUGCAACAACGAGGAGCUCGGGUCCGAGCUCUGCUCCUUGAGCGAGAAGGAGAACGACCUGGUAUGGCGCUUACCCCUCUUCAAGGGAUACGCCAAGUCCCUUGCCUCCAGGAUCGCCGACAUGAAGAACGUGGCUGAGGGGAGCGGAUACGGGGGAGCGAUUACAGCAGCUCUCUACCUCCAGAAGUUUGUCACGGCGGGAACGGACUGGGUCCACAUGGACUUCAUGGCCUUCAACACGGCGUCCAGGCCGGGCAGGCCGGAAGGAGGAGAGGCCAUGGGCCUGCGAGCCCUGUUCGCCCUCAUCCAGUCAAAGUACGGAAGUUCCAAGUGA